UCUUCUUCUUCUUCUUCUUCUUCACUUUGCUGCGGGGCCUCAUCAAACAGGACGACUGAUCGAUUUCCUCCGCUGUAAUUUUGUCCAUCAGCAAAAACAUGUCUACAAACAAUUUUAUUGACGACUGCUAUGUGAAGCAUAAUGUCACGUAUUACACUCUCUCCUGGCUGAUGACUGGAGAGUUCACACUGGGUCUGCCGCUCAACCUAUCGGUCCUCUUCAUCUUCAUCUUCAGAUUCAAGUUCUGGAAGAACAAAAGCAUCCUGCUCUUCAACAUCGUGGUGGCCGACUUCCUGCUGGUGAUCUGUCUCCCAGUCAGGAUCCACAACUACCAGCAUGGCGUGCGGCACAGCGAGGAGAACGUGGUGUGCAAGGUCAUGCUCUUCAUGCUCUUUCUCAACCGAGGAGCCAGCAUCACCUUCCUCAUCACGCUGACCAUCGACCGCUACUUCAACGUGGUCCACCUGGGGCGGAGGAACAUUGUCAGAAGGCUGAAGAAAUCUCCUGCGUUGUCCAUCAUCAUCUGGGUCCUGCUGCUGCCGCUCACCGUGCCCACCAUGCUCCAGAAGGAAGGCUGCUGCAACAGCCUCGGACGAGUUGCGACACCAGAAGAGAAAGUGGUGGACACUUUGAGAGAGGUGGUGUUCUUCUCUCAGAUCCUCGUCCCCUUCGUCAUCCUGGUCUACUGCACGGUGCGCAUCGUCCACCGGCUCAGGAAGAAGACGGUGGGGGAGAAGGCCAAGCUGAGGAGAGCCGUGUGGCUGGUCAUGUCUGUGGCCGUGGUCUUCUCCAUCUGCUUCCUGCCCUGCGCUGUGGGCCGAGCGGUGCUGAUGUGGGUUCGGUUGAUGAAGUACGAGGAGGCCGAGGUGUCCGUGGUGCAGGUGUACGACAGCCUCAUGGUUCUGUCCUACACCGACUGCCUGCUGGACCCGCUGGUCUACUGCUUGAGUAACACGGGGUUUAAGAACGCCUACGUCUCCACCUUCUGCCCCACGUUCCUCCAGAAGAGGCUGAAGAAGUACGACGUCAGCUCCACGACAGGAACCAACACAGCUACAACCUCUGCAGCCAGAAAAAUCUCACUGCCGUUAACAAACAAGGGAAAUGCUCUGGUGCCCAAAGUGUGAAUCUAGAUCUCAAGGCCUCAGUCGAACAGAUAAUAACCACUGCCUCUGUUCUCAGCUGCCGUGGCCCAUCAGACUCUUUCUUUCUGUCAAUGAUGAACAUUAAAGGUCAUCAAAGGUCGUUUCACCAGCAAGAACAACACCACAGGAACAUUUGAUGGAAGGGUGUGAAUGGAAAUGGAAAAAAGAGGAUGAGGGGAUGAGGGAGGGAUGGAGGGAUGUUUGUGAUCUGUGAGCAGGGGCGUUUCAAGGGACUUUGGGGGCUCCAAGCAAGAGUGCCCCCCCUCCACCAUCCCAGGUGCAUCACAAACUCAGAGCUGCAGCUUUGGGUAUCGCUUCAAAGUAAAAGUUGGAUUGUGUCGCUAAAAAUAUAUUUUUAUAUCUGUAUUUACUUAUAAUAUAUUCUUGUGAGUCUGCGUUCAGGAGCCGAGAGAAAGAGACGUUUCCUUUGUGAUUAUAUUUUAUCUGACUCCAGCAGCAUUCACAAAGUGCUCAGAAGAUAAAACUUGUGUGUUUGCUCUCACAGUGUAGAGAACUCCUCCAUCAUCUCAAACCACUUCCCCCGUCUCUUCCCACUGUCGUG